CGUCUCGGUCCUGUGUUUGUGUCUGUUUGGGUGCCGAUUGGGCAAAAGGGAGAAGAGUGCCAAGCAUUUGCACGCCGUGGGCGGGAAUUGGGAUGUUCAUAAACCCCGGUGUGCGAGCCGUGGGCGGGAACACUAGGCUGAGAAACUGAAGACUGAGAAGGGGAGAGAGAAGAGGAGAGAGGACGCGGUGGCUGUGCAGCGGCGGUGGUGGCGGUGGCUCACCGGAGCUUGUAGGAGGAGGCGCGGCUUCCCCUGCCCCUCCAACACAGCACCUGUAUGGACGACCACCGCAGCCUCCUUCACUCGCCUCCGCCUUCGUCUGCCAAGCACAGAAAGAACAACAUUGUUAACCCUGGCUACACUGACACCGAGCAAGACAUCAUGACAGUAGUCGCUUGUGACAACAUGUUGGAGGAGACGGCAGCUCUCCCUGGACACCAUUCCUUGGAUCGCUACGAGCCUGAUCAUGAGUGCUGCGAGCGAGUGGUCAUCAACAUUUCUGGGCUACGGUUCGAGACGCAGCUCAAAACUCUCUCCCAGUUCCCAGAGACUUUGCUUGGGGAUCCCAAAAAGAGAAUGCGCUACUUUGAUCCUCUAAGGAACGAAUACUUCUUCGACAGAAACCGUCCCAGUUUUGAUGCCAUUCUUUAUUACUAUCAAUCAGGGGGACGCAUCAGGAGGCCGGUCAAUGUCCCCAUUGACAUCUUUUCCGAGGAGAUCAGGUUUUAUGAACUCGGGGAGGAAGCGAUGGAGAAAUUCAGAGAAGACGAAGGGUUUAUCAAAGAGGAAGAGAGACCUUUACCAACUAAUGAAUUUCAGAGGCAGGUGUGGCUAUUGUUUGAGUACCCCGAGAGCUCAGGACCAGCCCGGGGCAUUGCUAUUGUAUCUGUGUUGGUUAUUUUAAUUUCAAUUGUUAUAUUUUGUCUUGAAACACUGCCCGAAUUCCGGGAUGAGAAAGAGUACCAGAGUCCUAUAGCACCUGUUAUCAAUGGAACAAGCCCUUACCUGUCUAGUACUUUCACGGACCCUUUCUUUGUCGUGGAGACGCUGUGCAUAAUUUGGUUCUCAUUUGAACUGCUGGUCAGAUUCUUUGCCUGUCCUAGCAAAGCCACGUUCUCUAAAAACAUCAUGAACAUUAUCGACAUUGUGGCCAUCAUCCCCUACUUUAUCACACUCGGGACUGAACUGGCGGAAAGACAGGGGAACGGGCAGCAGGCAAUGUCCUUGGCUAUCUUGAGAGUAAUCAGACUAGUCCGUGUUUUUCGCAUCUUCAAGCUUUCCAGACACUCCAAAGGACUCCAAAUUUUAGGACAGACCCUGAAAGCCAGCAUGAGAGAGCUAGGUCUAUUAAUUUUCUUCCUUUUUAUCGGGGUCAUUCUCUUCUCCAGCGCUGUCUACUUUGCAGAAGCAGACGAUCCCUCCUCUGGUUUUAGCAGCAUCCCUGAUGCUUUCUGGUGGGCUGUAGUCACCAUGACAACAGUCGGCUAUGGAGACAUGCACCCUGUUACCAUAGGUGGUAAAAUCGUCGGGUCCUUGUGUGCAAUCGCUGGCGUGUUAACCAUAGCCUUGCCUGUCCCGGUCAUCGUGUCUAAUUUUAACUACUUUUACCACCGGGAAACUGAAGGAGAAGAACAGGCACAGUAUCUGCAUGUUGGCAGCUGUCAGCACUUAACAUCAACGGAGGAGCUGAAAAAGACACGCAGCUCCUCUUCACUCAGCAAAUCGGAAUACAUGGUUAUAGAAGAAGGCAUCACCAGUGCUUUCAAACAACCCAACUUCAAAAGUAGCAACUGCACUCAAAACAACCAGAACUGCGUGAAUAUCAAAAAGAUUUUCACAGAUGUGUAAAACACAAAGUGAUUACUACUGCUUCUUCUACUAAUCGUAACGUGUCAGUGCAAGUCUGUUGUGUGGAGGCGACGUUAUAGGUAUCUAAUUGUGUCCUGUUAAGUCAGUGAGUAUCCGAGUCCAUUCGCAAUAGAAUAAAAGCAGCACUCGAGGUAUUUGCUAGUCCAUCACAAGCUCCGUGUUCUGCUUUUUUAUCUCGUGGAAUAUAAUACAGGUCAUGAGGUUUUUCGUGAACAGCUCUUGUUUCGUUCUCGUUUGUCAACUGACAGAGGCGAUGUAUGCUUCCUUUGUUAAUUCCAACCGUAACCUAUAAUUUAAUAAGUCUGUGAAAAUUCAUUUUUGUAAAUAAUAAUAAUAACAAUAAUAAUCGCAACACAAAAAAGUAAAACUUACUUUAAGGGAUAGUUUAUUGGCAAAACAUGAAUGUGAAGGAUUUAAAAAAAAACAUUUAUUAUUGUGCUGAAGUUAUUUUUUACCAAAACUAGAAAAACAGUAUAUAUAUAUAUUAAGAUGAACUAAAUUACGAUACUAGCUGUCUAGCGGAUAAUAAAAGGGAGCAAAUCAACUUCAAAUUAAUCAUUUUUUUAUUUAUUCGUGUUGCCUCAUUGACGUACGCACUACUAAUUGUUUAUACUUGAAUUAUAUAUACGUGUCCCACCGUUUCGUGGAUAAUGAAGAAGCAAUGGAACAAAGGAAACCUAAGCACAAACUACUGGAAAAGCUGUCGUUUUGGACUGCUGUCAUCUUAGGUGCAAGACCUAAAAAUCAAAAGAAAAGGCACGCCUUCUAGUGGAUGCUACUAAUUCUGCCUGGAGUGAUGCAGUUUCCAUAGCAACCACAGUUUCCUGGGUAACCCCUGCUAAUGUUGCCAUGGUAUCCCAUUCUGUUUCCUCAGUAACCUUCCAGAUGGUUCUAAAGCCUGCAAUAUAAAAGAAGAAAGCAGAUGAAUAGAUAAAACACAGAAUUUUAAUCCCAGAGGGACAUCCGUUAUACUGUGAAAAACUAAUGAAUACAUUUAUAUUUUAUAAAUGCACUCAAAUAAGUAGGCAUACUUGGCCAAAAUUACUUUGAAUAAUAAUUAUAAUAAUCACUUUAUCAGAUAUAAAGAUUUUUACUUACAAAACUAAAAUCUUAAAAAUGCCAAAAAUGCACAAACAUUCAAAUGAUAAAAGUAUACAAAUAAUGUGUCUGUUUUAAUCUGAUGACUGGAUUACUUGCAUUGCCAUAUGGAUGAUUGUGGAUUGCAAUAUCCUUCAGAGGUCAGGACUGGAAUGUCAUACUUGUGAUGGUAAAUGGCUUUUUACUGCCAGAGGAAGAACAGCAUCAUACAGUAUGUCCUGAGCAGGACUGUAAACAUAAGAAGCACACAGGGAAUGGGAUGCCAGAGAUUUAGGAUAACAUUCAAAUAAUCUGAGUUGGAGAAAAAAUAAAAGAAGGAACAAAGCUUGAACAGACACAAAUACGCACACAAAUGGAAAUUAAAACUCAAAGUUGUAGUUCUAAGGACCAAGAAGAAGAAAGAAGAUGGAUAAUUGUUAAUGGGGAGACACCAGCUUGUGUACUUUGCACCAUGUAUUCACAGGGACUUCUCUACAUUUUCAAAUAGGAGAGGAAAGUUUGUCGACCGGAUGGGUGUCUGUUCUUGGGAGCCCCAUGCUGACAGACCAUGGGGUGCUGCUUUCACUCAGAAACAGAAGCGUUGUGGGCAAGGGCUGGAACCAACCCGACUGCAUUGAAUCCGAACAGGUGCAACCCUGCCUCUCUCUCUAUCUUCCACGCCACGCUUGUCAGAGCCUCUCUCGUCUCUCGAGCGAGGGAAAACACCAAUCUAUCUCCUCCAUCCCUAGCUAGAGAGACAAGGUGCCUUCAGCAACGGAUGUUGACAGCCUUCUUCUUGCAGUGCCUAUUAUUGGCACUGACAUGCUCACCGUUUUCUCUGAACCUGAUUCACCAUAAUCUAGUGUUAAAGGAAUAGUUUUAAAGAUCGCCAGAAUUCAGGUCACUUGUUUGUAAUCACACAGACUUGUACUGAUGCUGCUACUGCUGCGAAGAAACCUAGAAGUGCUUAGAAAGAGCCCAAAUGAAUGCUGCCCAAAAUUAAGGGACAUGGGGGUCAUGCUUGUUCCAUUCACAUUUAUAGUUGUGGCACACUGUCCUAAACAAAUGUGAAUAUAUGAACUUAAGCUAUAAUAGUCUUUGCUUUUUUAUUUGUAUUUUUCGAUGUGAACUGCAGUUUAGCUCUGUUUGCAAAAUUGAAUGAAGUGGUAGCAGAUAUGCAGACAGAGGAACUAAUGGUUGGUGGAGGGCAGUAUGAUGGAUUGCAGUGUGGUUGCUCCCAUAAUUACCAUGACUGUUCUAUACAAAAUAAAAGUGCUAUUAGA